ACAAAAUCUCCUCAUCGAUUCGUUUCACCACUCUCCUCCCUCUCUCAAAUCACAACAACACCAAAAGAUGAAGCAUCUGAUCCGCCGCCUCUCCCGCGUCGCCGACUCCGCACACUACAGCCUCCUCCGCUCCGAUUCGCAGCGACCUAGCCGCCGUCCACCUCCCCCUCGCCGCUCAAAGAAACACGCAUCCUCCGUUCCCGAAGGCCACGUGCCUGUCUACGUCGGAGACGAGAUGGAGCGUUUCGUCGUUAGCGCGGAGUUGCUAAACCAUCCGGUUUUCAUCGGUCUGCUGAACCGAUCGGCUCAAGAGUACGGUUACGAACAGAAAGGAGUUCUGCAGAUUCCCUGCCACGUGUUGGUAUUCGAGCGGAUCAUGGAGUCGCUUAGGCUCGGAUUAGCGGUGCCGAGUGAUCUUCAAGAUCUGAUCGGCGACGACGAGAGGAUUUGACAGGAGAGGGAUCUUUGGUUGGUUAGUUAGAGAGAAUGGAUCUGGUUGUUAUUUUUUUUUUCGGCUCAGAUGCAGUACGACGUCGUGUUGAUGAUGUACAUAGCUAUGCGUAUUAUUUUUUUUUUUCUGGAUGAUGAUGAAGAAAGGGGAGAAAGAUUAGCGACAUUUUUUAGGGCUUUUUUUUUUUUUUUUU